AGUUUCUUAGUCGCACUUUGAUUUCACUUGUCAAUCUCGGUUCCUCGUUGUUCGUUGACGUCACCGCGCAUACCGGGCGUGUUGACGACAUCUGACGUGUCUCCGUCAACACAACAAUGGCGGAUGCCGUGGAGGAAGCUCUUCAGGGCAGCUGGGACCAGGACCUCGUUGACGCACUUGACUCUGGUGGCUCAGACAUGGAGAUGGAGAGGGGCACCAUCCAGGUCCAGGAGCAGUCAGCUGAACACAGGGCAAAGAUGUGGAAGAUUGCUCUCAAUGUCUCUGGAAAAGGCGACAGUCUGGCUUCGUGGGACGGUGUCCUCGAUUUACCAGAACAGAAGCUCAUUCAUAACCGGAGUCAGCAGCUGAUCGACCAGCUGGCAGUGUCAGAGGAAGAGAGGAGUGAAAUGGUGUCCGACGUUGAGUCAGUCAUCACUUUCUACUGCAAGUCGCGUAACAUCACUUUCACCCCCGAGCUCAGCUGGCCGCACCUGCUCAAACCGCUGCUGGGGCUUCAUCUACCCCGGAGCGACCUCUACAACUGCUUCUAUGCUAUCAUGAACAAAUACAUCCCUCGGGACUGUGUGCCAAAAGGCCGACCCUUCCACCUGUACAGACUACUGCUGCAGUAUCACGAGCCAGAGCUGUGCUCGUUCUUGGACACCAAAAAGAUCACACCAGACUCCUAUGCCAUCAACUGGCUGGGUAGUCUGUUUUCAAGCCACUGCCUUCCUGAAGUUACCCAGACAUUGUGGGACUCUUAUCUCCAGCAGGCGGACCCUUUUCUCAUCUUCUUCCUCAUGCUUAUCAUCCUCGUCAAUGCCAAAGAGAACGUACUUACACAAGAAGGAGAAAGCAAAGAGGACAUUAUCAAAAUACUGGAAGCAUCUCCUUCUCUCCUGGAGUCCGAGGACAUUGAAGACUUGUUUUCACUGGCCCUAUAUUACCAGACCAAAACCCCUCUGUCGCUCAGAAAGAUGAAUCAGAAUCUGUUUGGUAGCAGUUUGGUGGCUCUUAAAGAGGAGGACACUGACCUCAGUCAGGCGUUGUGCCUCCCUGUGUCUGUCCCUGAAAUUCUGCAGGCAAACCAGCUGCAGCAGGAUGGGGUACGUUUCUUUGUGGUGGAUUGCCGGCCUGCAGAGCAGUACAAUGCUGGGCAUCUGUCCACAGCCUUCCACCUGGACUCAGACCUGAUGCUCCAGAACCCAUCUGAGUUUGCGCUCUCUGUGAAAUCCCUCUUGGAGACACAGAAGCAGUCUUUAGAGUCGGGUUCCAUCGCCAGCGGCGAGCACCUGUGCUUCAUGGGUAGUGGGAGAGAAGAGGAAGACAUGUACAUGAACAUGGUGUUGGCACAUUUCCUGCAGAAAAACAAAGAGUAUGUCAGCAUCGCAAAAGGAGGUUUUAUGGCUCUUCAGCAGCACCUGGUAGACAUGAACGUCGAGGGGCUUGACUCCUCCUACGUCCACUGGAUCGUCAGCACAUCUGGAUCUCACAGCAGCCUCAGCUCAGCUGAUGGAGAGUCUCUGAGCGGCCCUGGAGACAGCAAAGGUGUGAAGUCCCUGGUCAACAAAAUGACAUUUGCUCUCAAGUCCAAGUCGGUCAACGUUAAGGAGAAGAUGAUCAGCUUCAUUGAGAAUACCUCUGCCCCUGUCGACAGAAUAUCUUUCAAUCUACCCUGGCCAGAGAAGGUGAUUCCAGAUCGGCAUGUGAGCAGCAGCGACCGCGUCGGCAGACCUUACCGGGGAGUGAAGCCUGUGUUCAGUAUUGCUGAUGAAGAAGAGUACGAUACAGAUGAGAUAGACAGUUCCUCCAUAUCGGAUGAUGACCGGAAGGAGAUUGUCAACAUUCAGACCUGGAUAAACAAACCAGAUGUAAAACAUCAUAUUCCAUGUAACGAGGUGAAAGAAACAGGUCACAUGUUCCCCAGUCACUUGUUGAUCACAGCCACUCACAUGUACUGCCUGAGGGAGAUCGCCACAAGGAAAGGCUUUGCUUACAUCCAGUCCAGACAAGCGCUGAACUCGGUGGUGAAGAUCACAUCCAAAAAGAAGCACCCAGAGCUAAUCACGUUCAAGUUUGGAACCAACAAUUCAGCUGGAGUGGAGAUUUCAGCAGUUGAGAGAUAUUUGAUUCCCAAUGCGGGCGAUGCCACGAAGGUCAUCAAGCAGCAGAUCAUGAAAGUCCUGGAUGCCCUGGAGAGCUCAUAAAUGGUGGUGGUGAGCUCGUUGUGGGAGAUUAAUACAAACUGUAGGAAGAGGCUCCGUCGGUGAAACCUGCUCCUACUCUCCCUCCUGGACAGAUCCCAGUGCAGUGUUGACUGUGAAGCCCCGUGUGUCUGUCUUUGGGACAUGUGGGCACACCGCUGACUGCAGACCUGUGAGCCAGGCUGCGAGUGUUGAAAUAUUUAGGUGCUCCGCUGUCAUCCAACCAUUAUCUUAUACUUAUUUAAAAAGAAAUAUUGGUUGUAGUGUAUGUUCUUCUCUACUGUUAGUAUAAAAUGGGAUCUCAUUACAGAGGAGCUCCACUCUGAGGAGUUCCUGCUGGCCUUAACGUAGCGUACUGACCGACCAGUGGCAAACUUCUUUCAUCCACACAUGACUGACCUUUUCUUUUCCACCUGAGCGUUUUGAUGAUGACCCAUUCGUUUUGUUGUGAGCAGUAUUGCAUUUCUCGUAACAUGUUGAGUAGAUUUAACGAUCAUCUGGUCAGCAUGAGUCAGCCAGCUCGGACAUAACGAUGCAAAGCCCCAGAAAAGCAGUACUGGCACAUGAAGCAGAUUUCCUACUGCAGUAACUGUUUUUGAUAACUUUACUUUUCCAGCAGGCAGCCUUAAAUAUAAACUAUUUGACGGUUAGUUUAUAAGUAUGUAAUGUGUAUAUAUAUAUUGUGUAAACUGCUCUGUAUACAGACCUUUGCAAUGUCAUUUUGAAAGCAUAUCCUGAGAGAAUAUGCAGUGAAACUUGUAAACUUCGCCCGGUUUGAAGUUCCCCUUCUUUCUGAUGUUUCUGCUUUUAUGAAAAUUGAUUAACCUCAUCUCAUAGCAGUCUGAUGUAGCUCUCAGAAAGCCUCUCUGGACUACAUUAUGAGCACCUCAGUAUUUUCUCGUCCCAGUCAGAUUCACCAUGUGAAUGAUAUCCCCCCCUCCCCCGAUGAGUAAAUUGUCCAGAAGGCUGAAACAUUAGGGAGAAUGAAAAGAUCACGCUAACGAGCUGCAGAGGUUUGAAAGGAAUGAAAAGGUAAUUUGUUUAAAGUGGACCUGAUAUGCUCAUUUGCAGCUCUAUUUUUAUUUUUGGAUUCAACUAGAGUAGCUUUGCAUGACUGGCAGUGCAGAAUAACCAUUAUUUAUGUUGUCCUCCAGCUCCUCCUCUUUUAAGGCAACUUAAGAGCGUCUGUGCCAUGAGAUGACCAUGUUAAGGAUUCCUGCUCUCUUUGACAUCAUACAAGUCAAAGUGUAGAAUAAAAAUGUGUAACCCCGAGCCCUGAGAGCAGUCAGAAGUCUGAGCUUGGGCUUACUCGGAUUACGUGGGCAUAGCUGAUGCGAUUAUUUGAAAGUGUGGCCAUGUUCAAUAUGAACAUUGGAUCAGAAUUAGUGUAUGACAGGAAAUAAGUAAAGGCAUAUGAAGUCCACUUUAAAGACGGGGUUUUCAUGGUGCACAAAAAGCUGAUCUCAUUUGUGACCCACAAAAACAACUUUUCUGUCCAGACAAUUUGCAGAAUAGAAGAGCAGCAAAGGUGGUUCUCAGACUGUGGUGCACAGAUCCACAGGUGAUUGUGACCAGGGGAAAAACAUGGGGUUAAUCCACCGUGGAUGAGUAUGAUUUUUUUUUUUUUUUUGAAAGUACAAAGGUAGACAAGAGUUUGGUGUGGUUGUGGUGACAUUUAUUUCACUAAAAUUCAGAUUAGAUUUUUUUUUUAUUGCUAUUGAUCGUUUAGAUGUUUUUGAGUGGCGGGCAUGCUACACAAAGUUUGAGAACCACUGAUGUGAAGGGAAGUUAUCACGACUACACUGAUACAUGGGCCGCUGUUGACUUCAGAUGGAUGUUUCCCACUUACAGCCACCAGUGUUCAUCUGUGCUGUCACAUGAUUUUUCGUGCUGACUUAAUUUCCAAAGUGAUGAAAGGCUUUAAAAGCAGCGAAAUUAUUUUUACAGCGUGAAGAUUUUUGUUUCCCUGGAAAAAAGGCAACGUAAUUAACAAGAAAAAGAAAAACGUCAGCUAUCAGCCAAAUUUUUUGUAACAUCGGUAUCAAAUUUCAUAAUCAGUGCAUCCAUAUUUAUAUAUAAAUAUAUAUCUCUGUCUGCUACUCAGUCCGUCUUAUUAAUUGUAUUAGCUGAAACCAUUUACUGUGUUAAGCAGUCUGCAGUCCAUACUGAGCAGUUUUAGUUUGCUUGCCACUGUUGCCUUCGGCCUCAUGCCUGUGACGUGCGAUAUGGGCACCAGCAGUGGCGGCAUUUCGCAGCAGGAGCGUGAAGAUCUUCUAAACUCGCGGUUCUGUUCGUAGCGCGGUGGUGUUUAAGGUUCGCCUGAACGGUUUUAUUUUGCAUGCUUUAACAGCUCCACAUGGGUGUCACACUAAUGCGCGAUUUUGGUCUGUUUCAGAAUUAUCACGCCCCCCUCGAUCGCCGUAUGUUAUUCUUUAGUCAUAAAAUCUGCUUGGACUCUUUCUUGCUUUCUUCCUGCUUAUUUAUUUGCUUUGAAGUCUAGUUGUGUGUUCAGCCUCCCAGAGAGACCUCCAGUGUGACAGUCGCAGUUUAAGCUUCAGCCCAGAGGGCAUUGACCCCUUUCUCAGACUGAAAAGCACAUUUAAACUAUGAGCAAAGCAAAAAACAAAAGUUGAAUUCAAGACAAAAUCUGUUCCCGACCCUCACUCCAGCCUGAAGCAUUCCUGUGUAAUCCAAGCGUUGUGUUGUACUUUUCUGAUAUUUUCCCCAUUGACUGGAAGAUCCUCGACUGGGAGUCUUUACGUUCUCUGUAACAUCACUGGCACAGGUUGUCAACCACUAGUCCAGAAUGCAACAUGUCUCAAAUGUAAUUUGCACCUUACUGUACUGCUGUUAUUUUCUAAGCAUUUCUGUUUUUAAUAAAUGGAGAUUAUUUGACUGCA